UUUUUUUCGCCUGGUCUUCCUCCAACUCUCUUCCGUGCGCUUUUUCGCCAGCCGUCUUCGCUUCGCUUUCGCUUUGCGCUUGCUUGCUUCUUGUUGCUUCUUGUUGCCUCCGUUUCUUCGCCGCCACCCAUUCUCCCUCGGCCGUUGUUCAUAUUUUUCUUGUUGGAUAGCAUCAACGAGAACAGCCGCGCAAAAAGGCAAAACAGCGCCACCAACCACAGCUCCCCACGUCUGUCACCCAAAUCAAGACAUCACUGCUCACCCUCCUGCACCCCGCCAUCGCCAACACUCCAAAACACUCCAAUCAGCCAAGCAACCAACCAUGUCUCGCAACCCUCAACGCACCUUGAACGCCUUCGUCUACAUUGACGAGACCACCGGCAACGAUGAGAACAGCGGCGAUCACCCCUCCGUCGCAGUUCGCACGAUGGAACGCGCUCGCCAGAUUGCUGGCGCCAGCGGCAAGUGCCGGGGCAUCAAGAAGCUCAACGACAGCGCUUACCAGCAGCAGCUGCUCGCCCACACGGACAUGCCCCUUCCCUGUGGUGACACGGAGUGUCGCCCCUGUCUCCGUGCUGCAAGCAUUGCCAAGUGCUUCUCGUGCGGCAAGCGCACGUGGCAGCAAGCCAUGAAGGCCGGCCUCUGCCGCGACUGCACCAAGAACAACCCAUCGGCUGCUUCCCACAGCCGCAUGGCUGGUGGAAGCCAUGCCCAAGCCCGCUACAACGCCAACCGCCGCAUCCGCCGUCUCCUCAGCGACAUUCGUCGCGAGUGCGAGGUGAACGACUACCAGGCCUUUAUUGGCUUGCGCCUCGGCAACCAGGUGCACACCUUUGCCUUCAACUGCUGCGUCCCCACGGCCCAUGGCCAGGCCAUCGCCUUCCACUGCGAGGACGGCACCGUGCUCCCCCAAGACCUCGAUGUGACGAACGACAAGAGCAUCACGGACUCGAUUGAGAAGACGGGCACGAAGGAGGCUGUGACGUGGCACCGCGUGCGCCAGUCGCUGGUGCAGUGGCACAAGAGCUUCAAGACGGACCGUCAGAUCAAGGACCGCAUCAACAAGGCCAAGAAGAACCUCAAGCUGUGCCAGAAGUGCAUCUUCACCGUCCCCAACGAGCCCCUUGAGCCGCACGCGUCCCUCUCUGAGCCGCUCGCCUCGCAGGUUGGCACGCACGACCAGCCCAUCAGCGCCGCCACCACGGACGGCUCCCACGGCCCGCCGGAGCAGCAGUACGUCGGUGUUGUUGUUGACGACCAGGACCGCGCCCAGCACCCGCACGCCCACCCACACCCGCACCCGCACCAGCACCCGCACCACCCCGUGCCCGUGUCCAUGCCGCAGCACCUUCCUGCGAUGAAGGCCAUGGGCCACCCAAUGCCGGACGAGAACCCGGCCAAGGCCGCCAAGAUGAUGAACAUGGUCACCAUGCCCAACCUGCACCAGGGCAUCCCGCAGCCCAUCCACAUGCAGCAGAUGCCCGGCAUGCACCACAUGCCGCCCAUGUCCAUGGCCCACCUCCAGCACCCGCAGCCGCACCAGCAGGGCCACCACCCGCAGCACCCGCAGCACCCGCCGCCACAGCACCCACAGCAGGGGCAGGGCCAGCCGCAGCAGGGCCAGCAGCAGGGCCAGCAAGGGCAGCAGGGCCAGUUCCAGGGGCACCCGCACAUGCAGAUGCCGCACCACCACCAGCAGCACCCACAGCACCAGCAGAUGCAGCAGCAGCACCAGCAGCAAAUGCACCAGCAACAGAUGCAGCAGCACCAGCAGCACCAGUACGCCAUGGUCCACAACCCGCCCGUCAGCAGCGCACACCAGCAGAUGCAGCAGCCGCAGCAACAGCAGCCACAACAGCAACCUCAGCAGCAACAAGAGCAACAGCAGCAGCAGCCGCAGCCACAACAGCAGCAGUAACAUGGCUGUUCCACACUGGAAGGCACCGCCUCUCCCCAUACCCGUGUAUGGGCAAUUCUUCUCAAGUUGUGCGCUUUUCGCACGCCCGGUGCCGUGUUGUGGUUGAUGUGAUGUGAUGUGAUGUGACAUGACGCAACUCGAUUGUGUUGAUUGUGUCGGUUGUGUAACCGCAUCCCUUUGUGUUGUGUUGUGUGUGCGUGCGUGCGUGCGUGCGUGCGCACGCGUUCCCCUCUCUUGUGUCAGUGUUGUGUGUCCGUGAAUUCAAUUUUUGCGUCAUAGCCCAUCUUUGUUUCUCUUGUCGGUAUCGAAGCCCUGCUUGUGAAAGCAGCGUCUGUUUGCUGUGAUUUUUGUAAUGUAACGCCGUUUUCAAUGGUCCCAUUGCUACUGCCCCUUGUGUUUUCCUCGCAGCCGUCCUUGUGUCUCUGCACAUGUGCGCGACAAGGGAGGCAAUCAUUCAUGCCCGCUCUUUUGUUUCAUUUUUCUUUCUUCCUUCUUCUUUCUUCCCCCCCCCCCCCUCCGCUGAUUUGCGCAAGUACGCGCGAGUUCUUUGCCUGGCUGGUCGUGCACCCCGGGUCUGUUUUACUCUUUUGGCGUGUGCUACUGUUUCCUUUCCAACGGUGUGUUGUUGGGUUUGUGUUUUUGCUUGAUUGCUUCUUAUUGACGCUGCAAAGUGACUUGUUUCUUUCUUGCCCCUUUAUGUUUGUUUCGCUUUGUUUGUUCGUUUGCGGUUUCAAUAAACCCUUCAGUUGUUUCAAGA